UCGAGUUAUUUUUUUCUCAAGUCUUUUUGCGACUUUUUUUUGAAUAUUUUAUUACUUGUAGCGCUGAAAUAUGACAGUUAUUAUAGCGUCACACUGGGGACCUCAAUCAAAACAGAUGUUGCCACCCGAGCCCCCACGGAUAAUUCUGAGAGAAGUUCCGGUCCAGAAUAACCAGAAAGAGCAUCCACCGGUUCAGGAGAUCAAAACCGUGUCCAGCAAGUCGAAGGAACAUCGCGUCAGUUCGAGCCGGAAAAUUCCGGAUCACUUCGACGUGGGCCCACGGUUCUACAUGAAUGUCCCCGCAGAUGGCUCAGAAGUGUUCGAGGACGACGAAAAAGACGUCGAGAACGAGUGUUGGGCGGUGAUCGAAAGAAUAGGAAGCGAGGAUGACAAGUUCGAGGCCUCUGAGCUUGUCGAGUACCGCGAUCACGAUUGGUACAUCGCUUUGGCGAUUAAUAAGGAGAAAACGCCGGAUAAGGCGAAUUAUCAACACCUACUCUACAGCUAUCGAGGCGGAAUCCAACGCAUAAUUCUCACGCCUCAACAGACGGAUUCGAUCGACAAAACGCCGCUAGUGAAGUACAAAAUCAUCGGAGACGGUCUGUACGAAGUGCUUCCGAUUCACUCGUCCCUUCCUCAAACUGGUCUAAUCAGUCCCAAAUAUCGUUACAACAAAGGCGUCGAGCUUCGGAUUUUCGGGAUAGUGAAUUGGAUUGAUUUUGUGUUGGACGACGAUCAUCAGACGCACAGGACGAUGGUUUGGACAGAUGCGGUCGGACCGAUCUAUCUGAGUGCCGCGGAUCGAGCCAAUAUUCGACGGAAGCUGCUGCUGACCGAGAUGCAGAUUUUCGCGCCGUUGCGAAUGUGCCAUAUUACUGUCAAGGCGGAAUUUAACUUCUCGAUUCCCGAUGGUUCCCCGAUUCAAUGGACCAUAUCAUCGUUCCAGCCACUCAUCGAAGAAUCAGAGAAGGAUCCGAAUAUUGGGCGCAAUUUAUGGCCAGCGAGAGUGCUCAGAUUCGAUGAUUUAGUCGUUACAAAGAAGACACCGAACGGCUACUGGCUGAAGUCUCAAAGAUUGGAGGGUCACGUUAAUGUGUUCGCCGGUGCAAAUCAAAUCGGAAUCAUUGAGUCGGCGGGUGAAAAAUACGCGACGAAGGGAAGCAUGAUGGCGUUCGUGGUUCCGUGCUAUCAGAACAGCACGUUUGCAUAUUUCGAAGCACUUAUCGCCGGACCCCCGCGAGUCGUGAUGAUUAUUACCGAAGGACGCUUUCUGAAUUAUUGCCCGAAGACGUGGCCACCGUCUGUUCGGAAAAUGCGUGAUCAGUAUCAGAAAGAGCACGUUCUGAAAUCCGAAGUCCGAAGUUCACCAAUCUGCAUGAAACAGCCGGAUUAUUGCCUCAAAUCACUACGAGGAUUCAGCGAGUGCCCAUUUUGAUCACUCAAAGUUUUAUAUAUUUCUGUAUUUCUUCUGCCUUAUUUUAAAAAGUAUUUUCCCGUUUUUUUUCUUUUGUUCAAUUUUCCCUUUUUCUUUACUUGUUAUGUCCUAUGUUUCAUGCUAAAUUAACGUAUAUUUUUAAUUAGCAAUUAAAAAACUUUCUGAUUAAC